CUCGCCUCCCAAGCGGCUGGACCAUCCGGUCCCGUCUCUCAACGGCGGAGUGACGCUCGCCGUCGGCGCGCCGCCCGUCACAGUGCCACGUCCCGUUGCCGCCGAUGCCCCCGGCCGCCCCGCGUCGGCGUUCCCCCUCCCCCUCCCCCGCCGCCCCCACUGAGAGUUCGAGCGCCGAAGUAAGUUGCGGGAGCGCGCGCUCCACUUGGGACUCUGUUUCCGAAUGACGGGCGGCCGCUUCGACUUCGACGAUGGGGGCACCUACUGCGGAGGCUGGGAGGACGGCAAAGCUCACGGCCAGGGCGUGUGCACCGGAUCCGAGGGCCGGGGCGAAUAUUCGGGCUCGUGGUCCGGCGGCUUCGAGGCGGUCGGCGUGUACACCUGGCCCAGCGGCAACGUGUACCGAGGCGACUGGGCGCAGGGCAAACGCCACGGACUCGGCGCGGAGACCAAGGGCAAGUGGCUGUACCGGGGGGAGUGGACGCGCGGCCUCAAGGGGCGCUACGGCGUCCGCCAGAGCCUGAGUACGCCGGCCAGGUACGAGGGCACCUGGAGCAACGGGCUGCAGGACGGCUACGGCGUCGAGACCUACUCCGACGGAGGAACAUAUCAAGGUCAGUGGAGCGGCGGGAUGCGCCACGGCUACGGCGUGCGUCAGAGUGUCCCGUACGGCGUGGCUUCGCUCAUCCGCUCCCCGCUUCGAACCUCGCUGGGCUCCCUGCGUAGCGAGGGGAGCAACGGCGCGCUUUUAGCGGGCGCCGCGUCCGACGGCCCUGCCGGCACGCGCGGCGGCUUCGUGCUCAACUUCCCUUCGGACGGAGAAGCCGGCGAGAAAAAGCGAGGUCUCUUCCGCCGCGGCUCUCUUUUUGGCAGCCUGCAGCGAUUGCGCAAAUCGGAGUCCCGCUCCUCCGUCUCCAGCAAGCGCAGCUCGGCGCCGAGCGAAACCGCCCUGAGCGGGAUCAGCUCGAGCGACGGCAAUUCCACCGGCAGCUUUGGAGACGGCGACCCGGCCGAGGAUGACUGGACCCCGGAGGACGACGUGGACGCCGCCGUCACCGAGUCGUACGCGGGCGAGUGGAAGAACGACAAGCGCAACGGCUUGGGCGUCUCCGAGCGCUCCGACGGCCUGAAGUAUCAAGGCGAAUGGUUGAACAACAAGCGCCACGGCUACGGCGCCACCGUCUUUCCCGGCGGCGCUGCAGAAGAAGGCAAGUACAAAAACAACGUCCUGGCCCGAGGGAUCCGCAAGCAAUUCAUCCCCCUGAAGGACGCCAAGACCAAACGGAAGGUGGACCGCGCCAUGGAAGGAGCGGCCAGAGCCGCUGCCGUCGCCCGAACCAAAGUGGAGAUCGCCAUCUCCAGGACGUCUCACACUCGGGCCAAAGCGGAGGCGGCGGAUCGGGCCGCGCAAUCGGCGAGCCGAGACUCUGAUAUCGCCAGAGCCCUGGCCAGAGAUCUCUCGCCGAGUUUCCACCAGCCAGGCCCGGACUACAUCCGGCAGAAAUCCAUCGUGGCGGCGGAGGCGAAGGACGUCCUCGAGGAGUGUCAGCUGCAAAAAACGCCGCCGAGUAGCCCUCAUUUCUAUCGCAAAGGCACGACCCCAACGCAUUCUCCUCGCCAGAGCCCGGCCCCCAGCCCCAGUGCCUCACCAACCGGCAUGAAGACGACGGCGACGGGCUUCGGCGCCGGCGGGCCGUCAAAGCCUCCUGGGAAAGGCGGCAAAACCUCAACGGCGGAACCCUUCAAUCAAGGCAUUGCAAAGGCAGCAUGGAAUCUCUCUCUCGGGCAGGAAGCGAGGCAACGUGCGGAAUCUUGCUCUGUUCAGGCCCCCGUGCCAAAUAGCCGUUCCGCUCCCAACGGACAAAUCCACUGCCAAUACCACGGUUACUAUGUCAAGGAUGUCAAGACCCUGCCGCCCGAAGAACCGCUUGACGCAGGCGAUGAUUUUCACCCGUCGAGCCUCGCGCGCUUGCCACCCCCCGCCAAGCCGGCGUGGGCACCGGCUCCAAAAGUCUCGGCCGUCGCCGGCCCUUCGCCGCUCCCGCCAAAAGAGAACGCCAAAGCUCCAGCGGAGUCCUCUGGGCCAAAAGCGGCAGACUCCAACAAGCCAAAGAGUUUUGCGGAAACCAAGAAAGCGAGUGUGGAAAUCGGUCCCGAAAUGGUCCGGGCGGAGUCGGGUCCCGACUCGAUCUUGGUUGCUCUGGUGAUGCUAUUAAAUGUCAGUCUGGCCGUUCUUUUUGUCCAUUUCCUGACCUGACCAAAUCUGAACCAAGAUUUCUCCAAAUUCGUCGGCCGAGCCGCGACCUCUCCGUGGUCCGGGGGCCCUUGUCAAAGGGGUUCCAAUCAGAUCGGCAGACAGAGUGAGGAAGAAAGC